AGAACUUCCAACUUUGAAGGAAGGCGAUUCAAGCGUUGUUCACAGUUCAGCGCUUUCGAGGGGAGAGCUAAACUUGGGCGAUUCGGAAAGCCCUCCUUUGAUCCUCUGACAACAUGCACUUGAAACACCAACAGUAGGAGAAGGGUUUGAGCAGCUUCCUUGAGGAUAAAGUGCCAAUGGCAUCUGCAAUGCUGUCCUGUCGGUUGUCCGCUGAUGGCAUCCACUUUGCACAGCGAAUGCAGGCAACCCCCACAUUGGAUAGCGUGCAACCAAGCUGCGCAGGCGCAGGCUUCUUUUCAAGGAGGUUUUGUUUGACUAGCUACGCAUCGAUUGGAGGCUCUAGAGGUUUUGAGCUCCAAAGAAGAGCAGGGAAUUUUUCUAAAGCUGCUGCUCUUGAGCGGAAAGCAAUUCGAGCAACGGCUGUAGAGGCUGAGGUGGAGCAAUGGACCGCUGACAAGCUCAUUGACGCCAGUGAGGAGUUCAAGGCCAAGGCGCUCAUAAAGUCCAGGGAGCAGUAUGACGAAAUGUACAAGCGGUCCGUCGAGGAUCCGGACGGCUUCUGGAGCGAUAUUGCGUCCGAGUUUCACUGGGAGCAGAAGUGGGACUCGAGCAAGCCGGCGUCGUCCUGGAACUUGGACGUCCGAAAGGGGCCCAUCUACGUCGAGUGGUUCAAGGGCGGCAAGACCAACAUCGCGUACAACGCUGUCGACCGGCACGUGAAGGCGGGGCGGGGGGGCGAGACCGCCAUUCUAUGGGAGGGGAACGACGUUGGGCGGGAUCGCAAGCUGACCUUCCAGCAGCUUCAGGACGAAGUCUGCCAGGUGGCCAAUUACCUGCGCUCGAUUGGUGUGAAAAAGGGCGACUCGGUGACGAUCUACAUGCCGAUGCUGGCGGAGCUCCCGGUCACUAUGCUCGCGUGUAUGCGCAUCGGAGCCGUCCAUUCGGUUGUUUUUGCCGGGUUUUCGGCUGACUCGCUGGCGGGCCGCAUGAUGGACUCCAAGCCCCGGGUGGUGCUGACGUGUUCUGCGGUCCGGCGCGGCAACAAAGUCAUCGGCCUCAAGGAGAUCGUCGACAAAGCGGCCGACAUCUGCUCGAAGCAGGGCUUCGACGUGGAGCGAGUACUCGUCUACGACAACGAGAACGCAAUCUCUAGGGAGAAGACCCCCUGGAAAGACGGACGGGACGAAUGGUGGCAGGACCGAAUACCCUCUUUUGAAACGGAGUCCCCGGUCGAGUGGGUGGACGCUGAGGAUCCCAGCUUCAUGCUGUACACCAGUGGCAGCACGGGAAAGCCAAAGGGCGUCCUGCACACGACCGGUGGGUACAUGCUAGGCGCUGCUACGAGCUUCAAAUACAUCUUCGACUACCGGCCCGGUGACGUAUACUGGUGCACCGCGGACUGCGGCUGGAUCACAGGGCACACGUACCUGACGUACGGACCGCUGCUCAACGGCGCGUCUAUCGUCGUCUUUGAAGGGGUCCCGACGUAUCCGGACGCUGGGCGGUGUUGGGAGAUCGUUGACAAGUAUCAAGUGACGCUCUUCUACACCGCGCCGACUGCCAUCCGCGCAUUGCAGAAGUCGGGAAACAGCUUCGUGACGAAGUAUUCUAGGAAGUCCUUGCGUGUGCUUGGCUCAGUGGGGGAGCCCAUCAACCCAAACGCUUGGCGGUGGUAUUACGAGGUUGUGGGCGAUAGUCGGUGCCCGAUCGUGGAUACGUGGUGGCAGACGGAGACAGGGAGCAUCCUGAUCACGCCUCUUCCCGGCGCUUGGCCACAGAAGCCCGGGUCGGCGACGCUUCCCUUCUUUGGAGUACAGCCCGCGGUCGUGGACGAAAACGGGCGGGAGCAAGACGGCCCCUGCUCCGGCUACCUGUGCAUGAAGGCCCCCCCGAUCUCCCUCAUGCGGACGCUUUACGGCGACCAAGAACGGUACGAGACGGCCUACUUUGCGCCCUUCAAGGGCUUCUACUUCUCGGGGGACGGCUGUCGGCGAGACGAGGACGGCUACUACUGGCUCACGGGCAGGGUGGAUGACGUCAUCAAUGUCAGUGGCCACCGGAUCGGGACUGCGGAGGUGGAGUCGGCGCUUGUGUCGCAUUCAAUGUGCGCGGAGGCGGCUGUUGUUGGGUAUGAUCACGAGAUCAAGGGGCAGGGCAUCUACGCGUUCGUAACGCUGAUGGAGGGUGUUGACUACUCCGAUGAUCUUCGGAGGCAGCUGGUUACGACUGUCAGAAGCGAGAUUGGUGCGUUUGCCGCUCCUGACGUCAUCCACUGGGCGCCCGGGCUCCCCAAGACGCGCAGCGGGAAGAUCAUGCGGAGGAUCUUACGAAAGAUUGCGGCCAACCAGUUGGACGAGUUGGGAGAUACGAGUACCCUAGCAGAGCCAGCGGUCGUAGACCAGCUGAUCGAACUGCGAGGGAAGUAAAAGGAUGCAGGUUGGCGGAUGAGUUUGGUAGCUUUCCUCAGCAUGAUUCUCGAAGCAGUAGGGAGAGUCCAAUAUAUGUAGUAAAAGUAGCUGUCUGAGAUCAUCGUAGUAACAUUUACUUAGCCGCGCUCACCUUUGCUCCUGAACCCGGAUAUAUGCAAACAAGUGAAGCGCAGUUGGCCCGAUAUAAUCCGAAGGAGUACCUAGGAAAACGGAAGACGUAAAUCGAGUAUUUGAAGGGACGGUCAUUGAGGGGUUGGGCCGAAAGAUCAGUUUGGCAAAUCAAGCUUAAGCGUCCGAACGUCCUUGCAAGCCUGCGCCUCUCAAGGCUUGACCGUGAUACUGACCUUCUGAACUAGUAAACCUUCUUGAAGCCAAAUCAGGCGCACCAGGCCCUGUUUUAAAAUCUUGUCGCUCAGCUCUUCUCUUCGAAGUGGUGGAG